UGGACUCACACUUGGCUGCACACUUGCAAAAUUGGCCUUGUGGACUCAUGUCUGUAGCAGUGUCUUGAAAUGUACACCAAGCAAUGAAGACAUGUAUGUAUCACGUAAGUAUGCAAGUAUGGAGAGAGGAAAGCUGAGGUAGCCGUCUUGCCCGUCUCCCCCGCUGAUCGUCAUGCUGGAAAAAGAGCACCCCAAGAGCAUUCGUUGAGCCAGGUAAGUAGCAAGACAGCCGCUCACAGACACGCAUGAAUGCAUCACGCCAAUUCACCCACCCACCCACCACAUACCCAUGUGUGUGGCACUAUCUGACUCUGUACGGACGGAUCCGUCAACGCAUACGUACAGGCAGUAGUACACACACCACACCACACAAUCAAUGCACCACACCGACCACUGUCUACCAGUGAGUGAGUGCAAAAAUCAAACAACGAGUGGAUGGAUCAUCCAUGUCAUGCAGAGGCGUACUCGCCUGAUCGAUGGAUCAAUAUUCCAGUGAGCCAGCCAGCACGUCGUGAAAGGGCAAUUGCGUUGACACAAAGGGGUCUGUAUGUCUCAUCAUCACGUCAAUCAGUAGACUCACUCCCAUCUCUUCAUUGACAUACAACAUAGCAGCAGACAGCUGGCGGCGAGGCGAGGCGGGCAAAAACACUUGAGUGUGACAACAGGCAGACAAGCAACAGGGAGGGAGGGAGGAGGGCAGCUGGGGAAAGACCGUACGAGGGUGCACUCAUUCAUGCAGCAUUCGUGGAGGCAACAACAAGAGGGGACCGAUGUCACUACACCAAAGCUGCCCCCCUCCUCUCCUUGCCUGUCUGUCUGUCUGUCUGUCGCCUCUCCCCUCUGCACUCUCCCCUGUCCCUCUCAGACCUCGACAAGCUUCUUUUCUUCCGCAAAAGUGGCCGGGAGGCUGUCGCCCAUGAGCAUCUCCAUCCUCAUGUCCUCCUCCGCCUCGGCGCUCUCGUCCACGACCUCCUCCUCUCCCUCGAUCGCCUCGCCCUCCACACCAGGUGGCACAUCCAUCGUCUCCUGGAUGCGUGCAAACAUCUCCAAGGCAUCCUUGAGGUCGAUGCCCUCAGGCGUCAUGCCGCCCGCUGCCGCCUCGGCGGUCAGCUGCGCCUGCAGUGCCUCCGCCCCGCCAAUGAUCUCCGACACCUCCUGGGUGAUGACGGCUUGUCGCUUCUUCUGGUAGUCGAUCAUGAGGGUGCCGGCGACCUCCUUGGCGUUGUCAGUGGCGGCCUGCAUGGACCGCAUGCGCGCCCCCAGCUCUGCGGCGACGGCCUCCUGCAGACACCGAAGGACCUGCCCCUCGGCGUAGACGGGGAGGAGGGCGUUGAUGAUGGUGAUGGGGUCCUGCAGCAGCUCGAGGUUGUCGAUGUCCGCCGCCCGUGCCGGGGAGAGCUCUCGCUUCUCGACUCGCACCUUGCCGGAGGUGGGGCUGGUGGUGAGGGUGAAGAUCUCGUCGCCCUCGGUCUCGAUGCCCUGGGGGGUGAGGGGCACGAGGGUGCGGAUGGCGGGCUCGCUCUUGAGGAGGUUGAUGAACUUGGUGUAGACGAUCUCGAUGCGGUCCGUCUCGAAGUUGAUGAAGUCCUGCAGGAUGGACCUGAAGAUCUCGCCGGCCUGCUGGGCCGUCGGGGAGGUGGUGCACUCGUAGCCCCUCUCCCAGCCCUCGGUCUUGCGCAAGAAGCUGUUUGCCUUGAGGCCGACCGUCACGAGCCGCACCUUGAAGUCCUGGUUCUCCAGCUCCAGGAUCCUGUCCUUGGCCCGCUGGAUGACUUGCGAGUUGUACGAACCGCACAGCCCGCGGUCGCCCGACACCACAAUGAGCGUGACGGUCUUGGGGUCCGGCCGCGUGUUGAGCAGCGGGAUCUCGUUGGUGUCCACGAACUGGGUGGUCUUGCGCAGGUAGUUGAGCAUCCCAGAUAUCAUCGACUGGAUGCCAGCGUUGAACGGCCGAUUCAAAAUCACCGCGUCCUGCGCACGACGCACCCGGGCGGCCGCCACGGCCUGCAUGGCCUGGGUCAGCUUGGCUGUGUUCUUGACUGACGAGAUCCGCUCCUUGAGCGUGAAAAGGUCACCCUUGCCCAUCGAGAUGCCGGGGGAGCGGGGAGAGAGCGCGCGAUGCCUCGCCAUGCGGCUGAGCACUGCGCUGUUGGCAAAGCCGUUCCUCCCACUGCCGACGCCUGGGCUGAGGAAGGCAGCACGCGAGGGGGAGGGGGGAAGGGAUCUCGCUGCCGACGCCGUCGCCAAUACCGCUGCCACCAGCGGCAGGGACGUGAGGCCACACUUCAUUUCGGCAGACAAACGCCACCUGCACAGAAAAAAUGCCCACAAGCGUAUCGAUCCUUGGGCUUUUCGACUUCGCCAGAUCCUGUGAUGUCCGAAUUCACCUGUUGUGAUGCCUGUGGCUCUCGUCUUUCGCAGCGGGUUGGUGGUUGGUCGACCCUAACAUAUAUCGC